AAAGUAUAUCUAAUAAUUCACAAGCAAGUUGUUGUGAAUGUAAAACACUAUUAAAAAAACCGAUUAGAACAAGCAAAGAAAAAAUAAUUUACAAACCAAUUAAAGUAUAUCUAUAUCAAUCAAUUUUAAGUCAAUUAGCUACUUUAUUGCAACGACCUGGUUUUGAAGAAUUGUUAGAAUCUUGUUAUGAAAGAGGAAACACUUCAUCUAAUAUUUUUUCUGAUCUCUAUGAUGGACAAGUUCUUAUUCCUGGACCAAAAGAACCACCAACAGAAAAAAUUAAUUUAUAUUUAGAUCCAUUAGUUGAUGAGUUUAAACAAUUAUGGGCUGGUCAAUCAUUUGCAACUAUGAAAUACCCAGCCAGAAGAAUGUAUUAUGGAGCUUUAAUUUUAGUUUCAUGUGAUACACCAGCAAGAAAUAAAAUUUGUGGAUUUUCUAGUCAUUCUUCUAAACAUGCAUGUUUUAAAUGCAGAAAACUUUUUAAAACUAAUGAUACUUCAAACCAAUCAAAUAUUAACAAUUAUACUUUACGAACUAUUGAAGAACAUAAAAUAAUAGCUGAGAAAUGGAAAUAUUCUGUAUCUAGUGAGUGUAAACAGUUGUUUGAUCAAUAUGCUUAUAAAAUGAUGAAAAUUUGGACAAUAGAAACUGAUUUAAUUUCAAAAAAUCAACUUAUUAAUAUUCAAAAUAUUGUUAAUAAUAGUCCACCACCUGCUAGUAUUGGAAGAAUUCUAUAUAAAAUAGCAUCUAGUUUUUCUGGAUUUACAUCUGAUCAGUGGAAAACAUGGACUUUAAUAUAUUCAACAAUGGCUUUAAGAGAUAUUUUACCAAUUCAAGAUCAAAAA